UGUGGUUGUUGUUGUUUUUUUUUUUUUUUAAAUCCCACACGAACAAAGAAAGAAAAUAAAAAAGAGAGAGAGAUAAAAGCUCCACUGCGAGAUCUCCACGCAAACUCUCUCUUCCCUUUCUUCUCUCAAUUCCUUUCUUUUUAUCAGUUUUGGAUCUCCACUUUCUUUCUAAACCAGCAAUUAUUCAUCAUUGUCUGCUAAACAAUUAGUUACCCAUGUGCUGAUUGUUUUUGUUUUUGUUUCUCUUUUCAAUUGCCCAAUUCAAAAUCUACCCAAAAAAGCACACCCAUUAGUAAUUUUGUUUCAAAAUUUCUAGAUAAAGCAGAAAAGCGUAGAGCUUUUAUUUUUUUAAUUUUUUUAAUUAUAGUAUGUGAUGUGGUAAUGGGGUCAGGCAAAGCAGCGACCUCUUCUUCUCAAAAUUUGGAUAUGGAUAUAUCAGGUCUUCAUGAGAGGCAGCAACAGGAGCUAGAAAAUUUGACACUGACAACUCAACCUCUUAAAACGUUGAAGUUUUUUAUUUUGGCUAUGAUUCAGUAUUUUAAGAAAUCAGUGCUAUACCUCUUGGCAAAAGGCGGUUGGCUAAUGCUUUUAAGCAUUAUGGUGGCAGCAAUUGGAAUUCUGCUCGUGACUAUUGAUGGCCCUCAUGAAAAGCAUAUUGACGAACUUUCUCAUUAUUCCCGGUUUGGAUUGUGGUGGAUUGCCCUUGGUGUUGCAUCUUCAAUUGGUCUUGGGUCUGGAUUGCAUACUUUUGUCCUUUAUCUGGGUCCCCAUAUCGCCUUGUUCACUAUAAAAGCAAUGCAGUGUGGCCGAGUUGAUCUAAAAAGUGCCAUAUACGAUACCAUACAGCUUAAAAGAGGGCCUUCAUGGCUUGAUAAAGAUUGCCAUGAAUUUGGAGACCCAGUGUUCCCAUUAUCUCACGGGUUGAGGGUUCCACUUAGCAGCAUAUUGCCACAGGUCCAGAUAGAAGCUGUCUUAUGGGGAGUCGGGACUGCACUUGGAGAGCUUCCUCCUUAUUUCAUCUCAAGAGCAGCAAGCGUAUCAGGUAGUAAAGUGGAUGCCAUGGAAGAGUUAAAUGCUUCCUCAUCUGAAGAUAGUGGAUUCAUAGCUACUCACCUCAAUGCAAUAAAACGAUGGCUUCUGUCACAUUCACAACAUCUAAACUUCUUCACAAUUUUAGUACUUGCUUCGGUGCCAAAUCCCCUGUUCGAUCUUGCCGGCAUUAUGUGUGGACAAUUUGGGAUUUCAUUCUGGAAGUUUUUCUUUGCAACAUUGAUAGGAAAGGCAAUUAUCAAAACUCAUAUACAGACAGUUUUCAUUAUAUCUGUCUGCAAUAAUCAACUCCUUAACUGGAUGGAGAAUGAGUUGAUCUGGGUGCUCAGCUUUGUCCCUGGUUUGGCUUCUGUGCUGCCCAACAUCAUAGCCAAACUGCAUACGAUUAAAGAAAAAUAUAUGGCACCUGCACCGCCUGUGUCCUCAAGUAACAAGGUGAAAAAAUGGGAUUUCUCCUUUGCUGCAUUGUGGAACACGAUUGUGUGGCUCAUGCUCUUGAACUUCUUUUUCAAGAUUGUGAAUGCCACCGCGCAGAGGUAUCUCAAAAAACAGCAGGAGAAGCAGCUCGCUGAGUUGACAAAUAAUGUGUCAUCUUCAACACAUUCUGAUUAAUAAUCUGACUCCGACCACCUUCAUAAACAGGCAGAAUCUGAGUUUCUUCUUUUCUUUUCCUCUCUUUCUUUCUUUCCUCUUGUUACAAUUAGAGUAAGAUGUUAAAAAGUGACAGCUCUUUCCUGAGUCAUUAUUAAGUCAUCCAUUUAUAAAAAAGAAAGAAAAAGAAAAAAAAAAAAAAAAAGAACUCGUUGCAUCAGGAAAUAGCUGCUAGAAGCUCUGUAUAGAGAUAGGAACACGCUGUCCCGUGUCAAAUUGGGGUAAAGCAUUGAUUUUUGGGUGGUAUUCAAACCCACUGUUAACUGGAAUGUUGAAAUUGGGAAUGGGAGGUACUAGUAUUCUUUGGAAAUUCAAGACAAAUUUAUUUGCUUA